UGUGAUUUUGUUGCGGAAAGUAGCGCGUGCUGGCGGCUUAGUCGAAGUCUCGUGGGUUCGUUUACGUAAUAUUUUUUCUCGAUUUUUUAUUAUUAUUUUUCGAAUAAAAAUAUAUUAUUUAAAAUAUAGAAUUAAAACGGAAAAAUAUUGAAGUGAAUGAUGUGAUUUUUCGCGCCAUUAUUUUUCGAGCAAAUGUGAUCCGCGAUCGUUGAUUUUUUUUCUAUUUUUUUUUUUAUUUUUAUAAUUAUUUUUUCUAUUUUAAUCAACGUCGAUAAUAAUAUUUCGCGAUGUGAAUAAUCGCGCGACGUUGUUCUCGUGGAGGUUUCUUCGUGUAUAGAUACGUAUGUUUUUCGCGUCGUUGUUUUUUUGUUUCUUCCAAAAGCUGGAAUUCGAUCGCCGAAGAUACCCGGUCGCCGAAAUGACGGCACCUAGAAUUAUUUUAAUCGCGAUUUUACUGACGACGUGCGGAGGAGUCUGGGCCAAUAACGGAGGCAAUAACGACGUAUUCCCGGUAAAUGGCAAAGUGAACGGUCAUCCUAUUGUAAAUCUAAUCGUCGGAGCGGCAGGAGAGUCUUCUUCGACGACCACUUUGUCAAAAUGCCCGAAAGGAUGCACGUGUACUUCGCUAACGGUGGAUUGCUCGCAGAAAGGAUUCGUCUCGAUGCCGGAGAAUUUACCGACAAAUGUGGAAAGACUAGAUCUACAAGGGAACAAUAUUUCGACGAUCCUGGCGACAGAUCUGGAAGCAUUGAGCAGUCUAAAAGUGUUGCAGUUAAUGGAUAACAAGAUACAGAACAUCGAAAACGACGCUUUUUUAGAUUUGGUCAGAUUGGAAAGACUAGACAUCAGUCGCAAUAAAUUACAAACGAUAGGAAGGAAGACGUUUCGCGGAGCUGCGUCGUUAAAAACGCUGAGAUUGGAUUAUAAUGAGAUUAUGUGCAUCGAAGCAGGCUCCAUUGCGCAUCUAAAGAAGCUCGAGAUAUUAACGCUGAACAACAAUAAUCUAACAUCGUUACCAGAAGAUCUAUUCCAAGAUUUAUAUCGUUUACGUACAGUUCGAUUAUCGGAUAACGAUUUCGCUUGCGACUGUCGUCUGUUAUGGCUGGGAAAAUGGCUUCGCAGAUUUCCUCGUCUCGGUACCCAGACUCGGUGCGCUUAUCCGAGCCAAUUCAAAGGUCAUAAUAUAGUCGACUUACACGAACAAGAUUUCCAAUGCACAGACGAAUCGUGGACGAAUAACCAAUGCAGUACGGGAGAAUCGAUAUGCCCAUCGCCUUGCAAAUGCACCGACGGUAUCGUCGACUGCAGAGAGAAACUGUUAACCAAGGUACCCACCAGAUUACCCGAAGAUACCACCGAAUUGCGCUUGGAACAAAAUCAAAUCACCGAGAUACCAUCGAGAGCAUUCUCGCAUUAUAAACGAUUAAGAAGAAUCGACUUGAGCAAAAACCAAAUCGUGAAAGUAGCUCCGGACGCGUUCCAAGGCCUAAAAUCUCUAACAUCGUUAGUAAUGUAUGGAAAUAAAAUAAAAGAAUUAGGAAACGGAGUUUUCCACGGAUUAACCUCGCUCCAGUUGCUGUUAUUAAAUGCGAAUGAAAUCUCGUGCAUUAGAAAGGAUACAUUCAAGGAUUUGAAUUCGUUGAAUCUACUGUCGUUGUACGAUAACAAUAUCAAAUCACUCAGCAACGGAACUUUCAACAAUUUGAAGAGUAUACAAACAUUACAUUUAGCUCGUAAUCCGUUCAUCUGCGAUUGUAAUUUACGAUGGUUGGCCGAAUAUUUGCAUAAGAAUCCGAUCGAAACAUCCGGCGCUAAAUGCGAAAGUCCGAAACGUAUGCAAAGGAGAAAAAUCGAAUCCCUUCGAGACGAGAAAUUCAAAUGUAUCGAAGAUGUAUACAAAGAGAACGGUUUGGGAGAUUGUGGUAGCGAUGUGGCUUGCCCGAGCGGAUGCACUUGCGAUGGUACCGUGGUCGACUGCUCAGGAUUAAGACUUACAGAGAUACCCAAAGAUAUUCCUAUUCAGACUACCGAAUUGUUAUUAGCCAAUAACGAAUUGACGGUGGUUAAAUCAGACGGAUUGAUUGGCAGAUUGCCCAAUUUGUAUAAGUUGGAUUUCCGCCGAAAUCAUAUUUCCAAAAUUGAAGAAAAUGCUUUCGAAGCGUCGUCUAAAUUGUUUGAAUUGAAUUUAUCAGAGAAUAAAAUCAGAGAAAUUAAUAACAAGAUGUUCAAAGGAUUGCAUAAUUUGAGAAUUUUAUCACUUCACGAUAAUUUGAUCACAUGUAUCAUGCCAGGUUCAUUCGAUAUGCUGACUGCUCUACAUACUUUGAAUUUGCAAUCAAAUCUGUUCGUAUGCAAUUGCCAUUUGGCCUGGUUCUCGGAAUGGUUAAGGAAGAAGGGUCUAACCGGAGGAAAUGCCAAAUGUACUGGUCCAGCGAAUGUCAAAGACAUGGCUAUUUACGAAUUAUCAACGUAUCAGUUCAAAUGCACAAGUGAUAAUGAUCAAGGCUGCUUGGGCGAAAAUUAUUGUCCUCCGAAGUGUACGUGUACUGGAACCAUUGUCCAAUGUAGUCGAGCAAAGUUCACGGAAAUACCUCGAGGACUUCCGGCUGAGACUUCUGAAUUGUAUUUCGAUGUGAACGAAAUAACCAAUGUGCAAGUGGAACGCAUCAGUCAUUUGAAAUCGUUAACCAGAUUAGAUUUAAGCAAUAACCAGAUUACAGUUUUAUCGAAUUACACGUUUGCCAAUCUUACCAAAUUGUCCACAUUGAUUGUCAGUUACAACAAAAUCCAAUGCAUAGAACGAAACGCCUUUUCCGGAUUGAAACAUCUAAGGAUAAUUUCACUUCAUGGAAACGAUAUCUCAAUGAUUCCAGACGGUGUCUUCUCUGAUUUGCAUUCAAUCACUCAUUUAGCUUUAGGAUCCAAUCCUCUAUAUUGUGAUUGCAAUCUGCAAUGGUUGGCUGAAUGGGUGAAGAAGGAUUUCGUCGAACCAGGUAUUGCAAAAUGCGCCGAACCAUCGAAUAUGAAAGAUAAACUCAUUCUGACUGCCCCAGUACAAUCGUUCCAGUGCGCAGAACCAGUCAAGAAAGAGAUUCUAUCGAAAUGCAAUCCGUGUGUAUUGUCACCCUGUAUGAAUGGUGCUGCUUGCCAGCUUCAAGGCGGUCGUCAGUUCACUUGCGAUUGUCCUCCUGGAUUCCAUGGUAAAUUAUGCGAACAUAUGAUCGAUGCUUGUUACGGAAACCCUUGCCGUAAUGGAGGAUCUUGUCGAUUACUCGAAGAGGGCAGGUUCAGCUGUGUAUGCCCUCCUGGAUUCACCGGCGACAGAUGCGAAACAAACAUCGACGACUGCCUGACCAACAAAUGCGAAAACAACGCUACCUGCGUCGAUCUAGUCCAAGCCUACGAAUGCAAAUGUAACCAAGGAUUCAUGGGCAACUUCUGCGAAACCAAGAUACCCUUUUGUACCAAAGAAUUCAACGCUUGCCAAAACGGCGCCAAAUGCGUCGAUCAUUUUACUCACUACACCUGCGAAUGCAGCGCCGGAUUCGUCGGCGAGAAUUGUACCACGAACGUUGACGAUUGCGCCAAUCAUCUAUGUCAGAAUGGCGGAGUGUGCGUCGACGGCAUCAACGAUUACACUUGCAAGUGUCCUGGUGACUUUAGUGGCAAGUUUUGCGAAAUUGAGCCUAUGGUAGCGAUGCUUUAUCCUCAAACGUCGCCGUGUCAGCAUCACGACUGCAAGAACGGUAUCUGCUUUCAACCUGCCGGAUCAAACGAUUAUAUUUGUAAAUGUGCUCCUGGUUAUACUGGUAAACGAUGUGAAUACUUGACAUCAAUUACGUUUGUGCAUAACACAUCGUAUGUUGAACUGGAACCAUUGAGGACUAAACCAGAAGCUAACGUUACCAUCACUUUCUCAACGACUCAAGAUAAUGGUAUCAUAUUGUACGAUGGUCAAUCCGAGCAUUUGGCUGUUGAGUUGUUCAAUGGCCGGAUUAGAGUCAGCUACGAUGUGGGAAAUUACCCAGUUUCGACGAUGUUCAGUUUCGAAAUGGUCUCCGACGGUAAAUACCACACCGUAGAACUGCUGGCGAUCAAGAAGAACUUCACAUUACGCGUAGAUCACGGUAAAGCUCGAUCUAUCGUCAACGAAGGUACACGAGAAUACCUCAGACUGACUUCACCCUUAUUCAUCGGCGGUCUGCCUUCCGAACACGGAGCCGAAGCCUUCUCUCGAUGGCAUCUUCGUAAUUUAACCAGUUUCAAUGGUUGCAUGAAAGAAGUAUGGGUGAAUCAUAAACUGGUAGACUUCAUGAACGCCAUCAGACAGCAAAAGGUGACACCCGGAUGCGGCCUGAUACAAGAAGAAGAACAGCAGCAUAUGUUCGACGAAGACGGAGGCGACGAGUACGUCAAAGAGCACAUCAUGGAGGAUAGCGAAGACGAUCGAGUAGAUACAGUCGACCUGUGCACCGGGAACCGAUGCAAACACGAAAGCAAAUGCGUACCUCAGCCUCCCAACGACUACAUGUGUAAAUGUAACGCCGGAUGGUCCGGCAAAUUCUGCGAUCAAGGAUCGAGCUGCAAAAAAGAAUUCGUCAAAGAAUACUACUCGGAGAACGGCUGCCGAUCGCGUAAACCGAUCAAAAUCGCCAAAUGCCAAGGCGGUUGCGGUACCGGCUGCUGUCAGCCUCGUAAGACGAAGAAACGCAAGGUGCGACUGAUCUGCAGCGACGGCACCAGAUACUCCAAAGAUAUCGAUAUUCCUCGCCGAUGCGUUUGCGCCAAGAAAUGUUACUGACUAAUAAGCCCCUCCAUAAUGACAGUAGCUCUGCCGCAGCCUAUCAACGUCGUAGCUAUGCCACCAAUCAAGGUUGUAGCUCUGCCGCCGGUCAACGUCACUCAUACCAAUGGCUAUCACAGAGCCGACCACGAUAGCUUCUUCUCAAAUCAAUUCUUCAUCUAUUACCUACGCUUCUCGUUGUUGAUACAUAUUUUAAUCUUGGUCUUAUGGUCGUUUUGGACCUGCUUCAUUCACCUGUUACCCAUCUAAGUGAUACUUACAUAAUAUAAUGUGUGUGUAAUGUACGUACCUCUCUCUGUACCUACUCGUAAAACUAUAUAGAGUUUUACCUGUCUCUACCUUACCUACUUGUACCUUUUUUUCACUCUCUCAUACUCGGUCUAUCUUCCCAUCGUCAAUCUCUAUACUUACUUACCUAUCUUGUACGUAUAAGUGAAAGGAUCCGUGAUGCUAGAAAGAUAAUAUAAACCGGGGGAUACUUUGGGGCGCACCCCUAUCCCCCAGUAUCAUUUUUAUAACUAAGAUCUGGAAACCAACCCGCAUGACCGGGGGCUACAUCGCAGACCCUUUUUUAUUGCAUUUAUUUCGCGGAUUUUCAUAAUUAUUAACUUGAUAUUUGACUGAUUCGAAAUUCUCACUGUAUUGAUGAUUGUAGAGGGGAGGAGGGAGCGAAAAAAACAAGUAUGUAGUUUGGUUCGGAGUUUUGGUGUUUUUUAAAUUACCUACAAUUUUUUUAUUGUUGGAUCCUUUUGCUUAGAUGUUUUUUUUUCGUACUACCUCACGAAUGAUAUUUUCCUUCAAUGAAGCAGGUGCAAUUACGAGUACAUUUAUAUUUUGUGUAUACGAUGGAGAGAAAACUGGUCGUUGUAGCGUCGAUAUUGUACCCCCCCCCCCCCCCUCGUAGACCACACACUUUUCACUUUUUUCUGAUUUAUUUGAGUGAGUGGGUGUAUAAUAUUGAAAAUAUUGAAUACGUGUUUUCUUCAAGAAACAGGCAUUUUGCCAAAUAUUGGCAUUUUUUUUUGAACGCGUCGUUUUUUGGAAGAAGGUCAAUUAUUGUCAUUUUUCAAAAAUUGUGAUGUUAAAAAAAAAGUCACAUUAUUGCAGAGAUUAGGUAAUUUUCUAAAAAUGUACAUUGUUUUGAACCCAAAGAUGCAAUUUUUCCACAAAUUUGCAUUUUUACCUAACUUUUUCAAAAAUUUGUAUUUUUUCCAAAAAUUGGUAGUUUUUUCAAAAGUUGAAAUUUUUUUCCAAAAAUUGGCAGUUUUUCCCAGAAAUUAACAUUUCUUUCAAAAAUUCACAUUUCUUCCCAAAAAAUGGAAUUUUUUCCAAAAUUUUGCAUUGUCAUUUGUUUUCAAAACUUGGCUAUUUUCUUAAAAAUUGAAAUUUUUAUCUAAAAAUUGGCAAUUUUUCCAAAAAUUUGCAAUUUUUCUAAAAAUUGACAUUCUUCCCCAAAAAAUUGACAGUUCUUUUUUAAAUCAACAUUUAGCAUGUAUUCCAAAAAUUGUUUUUUUUUUUUUUUUUUUUUUUAAGGUAUCUUCUCCAAAAAUGACAUUUUUUUCAAAAGCUGCCAUUUUUUCGGAAAUUAGAAUAUUUUUCCCAGGCAUUGUUUCUAAAACUUGUCAUUUUUUCCAAAUGAAAAUUUUCUCCAAAAAUUGGCAUUUUUCCAAAACUGGGCAUUGACAUUUUUUCCAAAAAUUGUCAUUUUAUAAAAUUGGUAUAUUUUUCAAAAAUUGACAUUUUUCUUCAAAAAUUGGCAUUUUAAAAAAUUGGUAUCUUCUCCAAAAUUUGGUGUCGUUUCCAAAACCGUGCAUUUUUUCCAAAAAUUGAAAUUUUUCCCGGAAAUUGACAUUUUUUUUCCAAAAAUUGGCAUUCUUCUUCAAAACUUGGCAUUUUUCCCAAAAAUUGAAACUUUUCCCCAAAAUUGGCCGUUUUUUCCAAAAAUUGGCAGUUUUUUAAAAAACAACUUUUUUUACAAAAAUUGGCAUUUUAAAAAAUUGGUAUCUUCUCUAAAAUUUGGUACCUAUUGUUUCCAAAACCAGACAGUUUUUUUUCAAAAGUUAGCGUUUUUUUCAAAAAUUGUCAUUUCUUUUAGAAGUUGAAGUUUUUUUCAAAAUUUGACAUUGUUUUCAAAACUUGACACUUUUCUUAAAAAUUGGCAUUUCUUCCAAAAAUUGAUAUUUCUUUCCAAAAAUUGGCAUUUUUUUUCAAAAAUUAACAUUUUUUAUUCAAAAGUUGGCAUUUUUUUCAGAAAUAGGAAUUCGUUCCAAAAUUUUGCAUCGUUUCCAAAACUUGGCAUUUUUUCCAAAACUUGGCAUUUUUUUCAAAAAUUGAAAUUUUUUUCCAAAAAUUGGCAGUUUUUUCCAAAAAUCAACUGUUUGCCAAAAAUUGACAUUUUCCCUCAAAAAAUUGGCAGUUUUUUUCAAAAUCAACAUUUUUUUCCAAAAAUUAGCAUGUAUUCCAAAACUUGGCAUUUUUUUAAAAAAAAAAGGAUCUUCAACAAUUGACAUUUUUUUCAAAAGUUGGCAUUUUUUCGGAAAUUGGCAUUUUUUUUCAAAAUUUGGCAUUGUUUCUAAAACUUGGCAAUUUUUCCAAAAAUUGGAAUUUUUUUCAAAAAAAUCAGUAGUUUUUUCAAAAAUCAACCUUUUUUCCAAAAAUCAACCUUUUUUCCAAAAAUUUACAUUUUUUCCGAAAAUUGGCAGUUUUUUUAAAAAUUAGCAUGUAUCUCAAAAAUUGGAAUUUAAAAAAAAUAGAAAUUGGGCAAUUUUCUAAAUUUGAUUUUUUAAGUGACUUUUUUUCAAAAAUUAAGGUCAGCACUUUUAAAAGUUGACUUAUCUUUCAAAAGUUGACAUUAAAAAAAAAUUGUUUUCAAAAAUUGGCAUUUCUCAUUUUUUUUCUAGACACGUUAUUGUAAAUUGAGAUUCAAAAAUUUCUCCCUCCCACCCCCCCCCCCCAUUUUUUCGACGAUGAAGGCGCUUCAAUGUUUAGUUUUAUCUCCACUCAAGCCCAAGAUCAAAGCUCAACGAGGUGGAAUAUAAUUUUAAAAAUAUCCACCAUCGUUAAUCAUUAAUCUCGGGCUAUAAAACUACGUGAUUUAAUCCUAAAACAAACGAUCGCGAUGGACCAUUUGAACAAAAAAAAAUAAGUAUCAAGCUAAGUACUAAGUAAAUCUUCUCCUAUAAAAAAAAGGAGUAAAAAUUGGCAACAAAAAAAAACCUGUGUAAUCGAGUGUUAAGAAACCAAUUAAAAAGUACCUAGACCUAAGUAGGCUACGUAUUGGGCAUUUUUUUUGUAUUUUUAAAACACAUUGAUUUUCAUAUGUAUUUGAUUAACGCGCGAAUAAUAAUUUUUAAAAAAAUGUAUAGAAAAUGAAAUCUAAUAAUACCUAUUAUCGUAAUAUGAUCGUAUUAGCAUUUGUGUAGCAUUUACAAAAUUUUAAAAUUUAUAAAAAAAAUCCUCUUUAAUAAUACCUACGUAUAAAUAUUAUAUUUUUAAUCUACGAUUCGGCGUCCGGAUAUAGAGUAUUAAUUACCUACCGUUCAGUCUCUCUCGUAUCCGGAAUCCGACUCGGAAAUAUUAUUACGUUUAAAUUUACGAAUAUUAAUUAUUUAUGUAUGUACUAGAAGAGCAAAAUAUGUACUAUUUUACGAUUGGUUUGGUGAGGCGUUGGAAUUUGGUGGUUAAGAACCUGGCAAUGUGUUAAUUUGAAACGAUACGCGGAUGAAGUGAAGGAGCAGUGCUUGUGUUGUUCUCGUCGUUAAGUAAAGAUGGAGGGGCUUUUUUGAUAAUACGAAAGCUGUGUAUAAUUUGUUUUUAAUUUACUUUCUUUUUAUUUUUAUUAAUUAUUUUUUUUUUCAUUUUCAUGUUCUUAUUAAAAUAUCAGGGAUUCGUGUAAAUAAUUUUGUACGUGUGUAAAAUGAUGAAAAAAUAUGUAUCUCGAAAGCUUUAUUAUGUUUGUGUGUGUGUGUCUUUUACUCUUUUUUUUCUCCUCUAGUUUCCUACGUUAGUCUGUUUUUUCUUAUUAUUAUUUUUUUUUUCUCUCGUGUAAUAUUUAUCAUUGCAUUAUUAAUAUGUUUUAUGUAUUUUUUUUCUCUCUUUGAUGUUGUUAUUGGUAAUUUUAAUUUUAACUUUGUACGUUUUUACAAUGGAUAUUUAUAUAUGUCUUUGCCUAUAUAGUAUUACAGUCAAAAUAUCUGUGCUGUAUUGUUUCAAUUAUAGUAAUUUUUCAAAAUCA